CAAAAAAAGAAAAAAGCCAUCUAGUCUGCUGCUGUACAAGGACCUGUUCAUCUCACAAGAAUCAUUUGAGGACUGCUCUCUGGUUUACACAUCAUCAACAUGAUGAACAGAAUAGUGCUUGGAGUCAUUGCUGUGAUUGGUUUCUUCACUCUAGCUGAAGCCCUGACGUGUAAUUCAUGUAAAGUGGGGAUCCUAGGCAAAUGCUUAUAUAGUUCCCAAGUGUCAUGCGCUGCCUCUGAGACCAAUUGCUACACUGCUUCAGCAGUGUUCAAUGUGACCGGAUUCCUGAGUCUGUCUUCAAGUGGCUGUACAUCUAAUUGCAACAACACUGUUGGAACCAUCCUGGGUGCGGGAUACUCAAUCACCAAAUCUUGUUGCAUCACAGAUCUGUGCAAUGGAGCAAGUGCUGUUCAACUAUCCACGACUGCAGCUCUCAGCACUGCUCUACUGGCCUCCAUCUGGAGCAGUUACAUGUUGUAGAUAUAGUAUCUCAUUCUCUGUACCAUGUUACAUUACUUAAAUCAGUAAAGAUGUCUUCUAGGAUCCAUCAGUUUUAGUAAUUUUAUUUUUAUUGGUCAUAUGUUUAUUUGUCUUAUAAAUAUAUCGUUACAUGUUAUGCAGUGACAAUAUUUGCACACAUUGUAAUUGUUUUCUCUUAUUUUAAAUUUUUUUUAUCAUGCAUUUUUAAUAAAAUAUUUGGAAUGAGGUGGAAAAUUUGAGCUGAAUAAAUCUAAAGAUUGAAUAAACUUGAAUAAAUUUAAA